AGAUUUGCCUUCCGCCCCAACUUCAAUUCAUCGCAUUUGGCGCGGUAGCUAAAUUCAACAAACUCUUUCUGAUCCUUCGAAGCUUCAUGCUCUCGACGCUCUUAAUCUCUUUUGGACGUCUACAGAAUGGCAACAGUUCCUGCUAUGGAACAAGGCACCAGCUCACAGUUGUGGAAUACCGACGCUCAACUCUUACCGGAGUCUAACGCUAAUACCACCUUGAACUCGGCAUCAGAAGGACAGAAAAAUCUUGAUAGAAUCCCCGAGCACGAACGAUCCUUCACUACCCUAAUUUCUGCUACCGACGACGUUUCGAACGCUACUCGCGAAAUAUUUCACUCUGACUAUAAUUCUCAGAGCCCCAUCAAUAGACUCGAAAUGUCGCCAGCGUCCAACGCGAACAAAGGUUUGAAACGAGAUUUCAGAGAUGGUUCAUAUCGUUCAUCUCACUCGCCACUUGGAAAUGGAGCUACUGCAUACGAAUCGGCGAAUCGGAUCCGGGACGUAGUCCUCCCUUUAGUAUUGGAGAACUUUAACCUUCGGGGUGGGGCUGGGGGAAAUCAUCUCUCGAAGGACGUUCUUGGGGCAGCCCAGUGCGUCCUUACAGAUGAAGUUUGCCAUUCCAUUGAGAUGCAGAUGGUGGAAGCCCAGAAGCAGCUCCGUGAAGCUCGUGUCCCCGAGUCUCACCCGAGACUUGAAGUUCCUCAUGAAACCACAGAUGGCAGUCUUCCAGAUGCUCUGCAGCUAUCAGUACCAGAGCGCACAUCUCCUCCACAUCUGAAUGGGAGGCUGAGUAGUAGCAAUACUAUAAUUCAGGAUGGUGAUGGUGACUAUUUAGACUGGCGGCCUUCGAAACGCAGACGGAUAGAUACCAUCUCUGUAUCUCCGAGCCCCAUAUCACCAAGACAGAGCUCAGUAAAGAGAUCCCACCUGCCGACAUAUUCUCUCAGUGGCCAAACUAGCCCUAAUGCAGGAAAACAACACCAACAACUUUCCGUGUCUUGCUCACCCAAGACACCCAUAAACCGUUCUCCUUCUGCCUUCCCUGAUUCUGUGCAUGAUCACUCCAUGUGUUCACCCAAAAAACUUCCAUCCACAAAUCUGUUUCAACCUCCUUACAAGGAAACAACCUCAGAGGCUCCUUCUUCUCUUUCCUUGCACUCCCAACUUGCUCAUGCUAGUGCUUUUAGUGACCAGGUGGAAACAUCACCCUCAUUGCCAAGGCAAAGUCUUGAGGUUGAACGCCCUGACAAUGUGGACAAGUUGCAAACACUACCAAUCAACAAUGAGGAUACAUCUGUGCCCCUCAAGGUCCCAGGAAUAUGGGGUAUAGGAAAAAGCUUGGCUAAUCCUGGCAUUCUGGAGUUCAUAGUGGAUGUUGAUAUUAAAACUGCUCAUGCAUGGUGUUUAAGCCCUGACUCACAAGAUCCAAGUAAAAACUCGUUUGAAGGAUGGAUACCGCUGCAUACAUGGCCUGCCCAAGGUUCACUCCUAGUUGACAUUAACCAUGGCAAAUCAGAAGGGCAGAUAUGGCUUCCACACUAUCUUGGCUCUGAGAAUAUUCCAUUAGACAUUACAAAUGCAAUCCAACAAGGCCAAAAUAAAAUUCGAUGCAUUCAACUAUCCCCACUGCAGCAUAUUUUUGCCGUACAUGCAAGUAUACCACCAGAACCCGCCCCGAUACAUACCGAAGACUCUUCUGAUUCCACUCAAUUUGAAGUAGAAAUUGUAGUAGAUUAUGGAUGACUAUGAUUAACCUUGCAUUAUCGUCACUGUGCCACGUACAUUAAUUGGUGACUCAAGUGAUAUCUAUGUUAUGAUGAAGGUUCAGAAACCAGGAAACCAACCAUACAUGAAUCUAACAUGAAAUCGACAUUAACCCAUGCAUGAGUCAACGCUGAUAAA